AUUUAUUUUCAAAAAUAAACAUCCUGUUUCUCAUUAUUUUUCAAUAUUUUGGUAUCUUUUUGUAAUUUCUGAUUAUCAUUUAAGCCCUCUCGAACUAAUACAUCAAAACAUUGACACUGUAUAAUAAUAUUUCGUGACAAUAUUUAUUUAUUGUGUUAAGAUAAAAGACAUUAACGAUAAGAGGGAUUAAUCUCCAUAACUAUAUAUACAGAAAAUGUUAAAACUGUUGAGUUUUCGUUUUAACAGGAUUUAAUUCAAUAUAAAUCAACUACUUUGCAUGAUUAGAUUGUUUUUUAUGGUAUUUAUUUCGAGAUGUUGAUCAAAAUUGGGAUUUUACUGAUUUUUACGGCGUUAUCUUUUGAAAUAAUAGCAGCUACAUCUGAAGUAGUGUGUUAUCACGGAACAUGGUCGAAAUAUAGAACCGGAAAUGGAACGUUUACGGUGUCAAAUAUCGAUCCUUCUUUAUGUACUUAUUUGAUAUACAGUUUUGUUGGAUUAAACAGUACUACUGGCGAAGUAAUAUCACUCGAUACUUAUUUAGAUGAUACUUUAGGAAAUUUGGAAGCUUUUACGUCAUUAAAAUCGUCCUAUAGCAAUUUGAAAGUUUUAGUAGCGAUCGGAGGAUGGAAUGAGGGUUCCGUAAAAUAUUCCACUGUUGCCGCCUCCUCUGAAUUGAGAAGCGCUUUUAUCGAAAGCGCUUUGAGUUAUUGUCAAGAGAAUAAUUUUGACGGUUUCGAUGUUGAUUGGGAAUAUCCGUGCGAUCGUGGUGGUACUUCUGCCGAUAAAGAAAAUUUUGUUACUCUUCUUGAAGAGCUUACGACAGUAUUUAAAGCAAAUAAUUUAGUUGUAACUGUUGCCGUGAGAGCUGCAGCUACAGGAGUGGCUCUUUCAUAUGAUGUUCCUGGAAUCUCACAAUACGUCGAUUUAAUACACGUGAUGACGUACGAUUUUCACGGAUCAUAUGAUGGCGUCACUGGACACAACGCUCCUUUAUACGCAUCCUCUAUCGAUACUACAUCAUCUGCUUUGGAAUUGAACGUCGAUGCAGCUAUCACAAAUUGGAUCAACCAAGGUGCGAAUGCCAGUAAAAUAACACUUGGAAUCCCGUUAUACGGGAGGAGUUUCACUUUGAGUAGCACAGAUGAUGUGGCUUUGGGAGCUACUACUUCCGGGGCGGGCACAGCAGGUCCGUAUACACAGGAAGCUGGGUAUUUAGGUUAUAACGAAAUAAUUGAGAAGCAGCUAGCUGGAGGAUGGACGAUAGUAUGGGACGAUGAACAGGAAGUACCCCAUAUGUACCAGGGAGACCAAUGGGUGGGAUACGAUAACGAAGCUUCGGUAAAAUUAAAGGUUCAGUACGCUAUAUCCAAGGGUUUAGCUGGUGUAAUGGUAUGGUCUAUAGAAACAGACGAUUUCCUUGGUUUAUCCGGGGUGAAAAACCCUCUUCUUCAAGCAAUUAACGACGAAAUGGGAAAUUCAGAUAGUGGUUCGGACUCCACCACCUCUACCACAACAAACAGCAUUUCUACCGCCUCUAGCACAGUAAACGGUGUAUCUACCACCUCUACAACAACAAAUAAUACUUCUUCUACCUCUAUUACAACAAACAGUACUUCUUCCACCUCUACAACAGCUUCUUCUUCUUCUAUUCCGGUUUGUACUCAAAGCGGUUACUUUCGAAGUUCCACCAAUUGUUCUGUCUAUUACUACUGUAGCUCCGCCUAUUCGACGCCCCAGGAACUAUCGUGCGGCUUGGGUCUCUAUUACGAUACGACGAAUGCCGUUUGCAAUUGGAGUUACCUCGUAGAUUGUUAAUAUUGUUAUAUACGGGAUGAUGUAACAUGGUAAAUUUUCGAAAAAUAAAAUAAGCAUUUUAUUUAAAACUUUUUAUUUUUACAAAACGAAGCUGUCA